UGACCUGUUGAUAUAUAUCAUUCCGCCAGCGGAUGUGUAUCAAUAUGUGGGUGUUGCAGGGCACAUCCGUUUCAUAUCCCACACACGGUCACAGGCAGUGGUCAGGAAAAUUUUUAUUUUUGAUGAAUUAUGAGCUGAUUGAUAAUAUUUUGUUUCCAGGGGACGAUGCUCUGUUGGAUAUAUUAAUUUUGUAACGUGUGCGUGCUAUUUUUGUUUAUGAUUGUCAUGUGUGUCUUCUGAAGCUGCAAGUCAUUUUAUUCAGCCACCCGCUAGCCAGGCAAGCACUAAGUACAGUACACGAAUUCAGGCAGCUACCCAUACAGGCAGGCUACACAAACCGGAAGUAUUGCAUUGCAGGUGGAUGUAUACGGUGUCGUGUAUAAAAAGGGCAUUUAACUUUGCAAUGUUACCAUUGCGGUUGCAUUGAAUGUUAAGGUUGAAGUGCAACACCAGCCAUGAGUGAGAUGUCAGCAAGUUUUCUACAUUUUGGAGACAUAGUGUCUCUGUAUGCUGAGGGGAGUGUCAAUGGAUUCAUCAGUACUUUGGGUUUGGUUGAUGACAGAUGUGUGGUCCAGCCUGAUGUGGGGGACCUUAACAACCCACCAAAGAAGUUCAGAGACUGUCUUUUUAAGAUUUGUCCGAUGAAUCGCUACACUGCCCAGAAGCAGUUUUGGAAGUCGGCCAAGCCAAACAUCUCAUCAGCUACUGAUGCUGUCCUUCUCAAGAAGCUGCAGCAUGCAGCUGAGAUGGAGAAGAAGCAGAAUGAAUCAGAGAAUAAGAAGCUAGUGGGGAGUGUCAUCGUCUACGGAAAUGUCAUUCAGUUACUUCACAUAAAGAGCAACAAAUAUCUGACAGUCAACAAGAGACUGCCAGCUCUACUGGAGAAGAAUGCAAUGAGAGUGACUUUAGAUUCAUCCGGUAAUGAAGGCUCCUGGUUCUACAUUGUACCAUUCUAUAAACUCAGAUCUGCUGGAGAUAAUGUUGUAGUUGGUGAUAAGGUUGUGCUGAACCCCGUCAAUGCUGGUCAACCCCUGCAUGCUAGUAACUAUGAGCUUAUUGAUAACCCGGGCUGUAAAGAGGUAAACUCAGUUAAUUGCAAUACUUGCUGGAAAGUCUCGCUGUUUAUGGAGCACAAGGAGAACCUGGAUGAAGUUUUAAAAGGGGGAGAUGUUGUCAGACUCUUUCAUGCUGAGCAAGAGAAGUUUCUGACAUGUGAUGAAUACAAGAAGAAAAGCUAUGUCUUCCUGCGGACAACGGGACGCGUUUCUGCAACUGCUGCUACGAGCUCCAAAGCACUAUGGGAAAGCGAGGUUGUACAACACGAUCCCUGCCGUGGUGGCGCCGGUCACUGGAAUAGCCUCUUCAGGUUCAAGCAUCUUGCAACUGGACAAUACCUGGCUGCAGAGGCUGACAAUGAUUCAGCUAAAGACACUACACGAGAGAAGCUUCGUGGACCCCAUGGUGGCACUGUAUACCAAGUGGUGCCCAUUAACCAUGGCAAUGAUAUCGCUUCCAUAUUUGAGCUGGAUCCAACGACUCUGCAGGGAGGUGACUCAAUGGUGCCACGGAGUUCUUAUGUUCGCCUGCGUCACCUUUGUACUAAUACUUGGGUGCAUAGUACAUCCAUUCCAUUGGACAAGGGAGAGGAUAAACCUGUUAUGCUUAAGGUUGGUACUGCACAGAUACGUGAAGAUCGUGAGGCUUUUGCAAUUAUCCCUGUACCUCCUGCUGAAGUCAGGGAUCUAGACUUUGCUAAUGAUGCAAACAAGGUGCUGUCAGCAAUCGCUUCCAAGCUAGAGAAGAGCUCUAUUACACAGAAUGAAAGAAGGUUUGUGACUCAGCUGUUGACAGACUUGGUGUAUUUUGUUUCCAUGUUGCCUAAUAAUGGAGGUGAUGCAUUGUGUGUAGUGGUUCAGAACCCUGAUAGAGACAGACAGAAACUCAUGAGAGAACAAGAUAUCCUAAAACAGAUCUUCAAGAUUCUAAAAGCUCCCUUCACUGAUAACGGAGAUGGAGCGAUGUUGAAGAUGGAGGAGUUAGCCGAUCCAAGACACGCUCCGUAUCGUCACAUCUGCCGUAUCUCCUAUCGCAUCCUAAGAUUGUCUCAGCAAGCCUACAGGAAGAAUCAGGAAUACAUCGCUAAGCAGUUUGGCUUCAUGCAGAAGCAGAUUGGUUAUGAUGUUCUUGCUGAAGACACCAUUACCGCUCUGCUACACAACAAUCGUAAACUCCUUGAGAAGCACAUCACAGCUACUGAGAUUGAGACAUUCGUCAAUCUAGUACGCAAGAAUGGAGAGUGCAGGUUCUUGGAGUAUCUUUCCGAUCUUUGUGUAUCGAAUAACCAGGCUAUUCCUGUCACUCAGGAACUCAUCUGUAAAUCAGUACUCAAUGACAGAAACUCCGAUAUACUCAUCGAAACAAAGUUGGUAAGAACCCAGAUGGAAGUUGAGAUGGAGGUGGAAGCAGACGAUGGUAGCACAGAGCCAGUCUAUACCAUAGAAGAGGAGGAGGAGGUUGUCUUAUUCUGGAAGAAUAACAGCAAGUCUAAGAGUAUCCGAGAGUUAGCGAUGGGAGCUGCUGAGAAUGUCAAGGAGGAUUCUAACAUCUUGAAGUAUUACAGAUACCAGUUAGAUCUAUUCUCCCAGAUGUGUUUAGAUCGUCAGUACCUGGCUAUCAAUCAGAUUGGUCCGCAGUUAGACAUAGAUCUGAUCCUGCGCUGUAUGUCUGAUGAGACAUUACCCUAUGACCUCCGAGCUUCAUUCACGAGACUCAUGCUUCAUAUGCACGUCGAUCGAGACCCACAAGAACAGGUUACACCCGUCAAAUAUGCAAGACUGUGGUCUGAGAUCCCUACACAGAUUACUAUAGAUGAUUACGACAGUUCCAACAACAUCAGCCACACUGGUAAGGAGGACACCCAGCAUAAGUUUGCUCAGACCAUCAAGUUUGUUGAGGACUAUCUGUGCAACGUAGUGUCCGCUUCAUGGUCUUUCACUGAUAAGGAGCAGAAUAAACUCACCUUUGAGGUGGUGAACCUUGCCAAGCACCUGAUCUACUUUGGUUUCUACAGCUUCAGCGAGCUCCUUCGACUGACCAAGACGUUAUUGUCCAUUCUAGACUGUACUCCAGCCACUGGACUGCCUCUGGGUAAACUGGACCCGAAGGCAGAUAUAGAGCCUCCUAAACAAGAAGUUAAAUCAGUUCUUGGGAAGGGCGGUGUGUUCCGUUCUAUUCAUGGAGUAGGUGCAGUGAUGACCAACAUGGUCCUAGGUAGUGGUUUACCUCAUUCACCGCUCACUCACCAUACCCAGGGAGCUAGUGCAGCGAGUACUGCAGGAGGACUGGACAACCAGAACAAGGAAGACGAGCUUGUCAUGGAGACCAAACUGAAAAUCAUACAAAUCCUGCAGUUUAUUCUGAAUGUUCGUCUUGACUACCGCAUCUCCUGCCUCCUCUCCAUCUUCAAGAGGGACUUUGAUGAGACUAAAGAUGUGCCCGACCUACCUCCAUCUCGACAGAGUGUAGAUGUCAAUGAGAGCCCUGGCAUCAAUCUAGAAGCCAUAGGUGAUCAAGCAGAGGGUAUAUUUGAAGGUCAGACAGAUGGCAUUGAUCUUGAUCUUGAUUCUCAAGGAGGUCGGACGUUCCUACGUGUUCUGCUUCAUCUGACUAUGCAUGACUAUCCACCGUUGGUAUCAGGGGCCUUACAGCUUCUCUUUAGACACUUCAGUCAGAGACAGGAGGUGCUUCAAGCAUUCAAACAGGUCCAACUUCUUGUGACAACCAGCGAUGUUGAUAACUACAAACAGAUCAAGACAGAUCUGGAUGCUUUAAGACUCUUGGUAGAGAAGUCUGAACUGUGGGUCUAUAAGAGCAAGUAUGAUGCAAAGUGUAAAGAUGGAGAAAAGUCCAAGAGCAAAGGCAAAGGAAAAGGAUCAAAGAAAUUCCAAAGCUCCUUGAGUGCUGCUGAAGGUUCCUCUAUUGAUCUUGACCUUGGACCUCCAUUAGAUCCACCCAGUGCUAACAACUACAAAAAUAUCCAACUGAUCUUAAUUCGUUUGAGUAAGCUGUGUGUAUCUGAUGGUAACGGCGGUCGCAAGAAUCGUAAACAUGAGCAAAGACUCCUUAGGAAUAUGGGUGCUCAUGCAGUGGUCUUGGAAUUACUACAAAUCCCAUAUGAGAAGAGCACUGAUACGCGUAUGAAUGAGCUGAUGCGAUUGGCUCACGAGUUCUUGCAGAACUUCUGCUGGGGAAAUCCAUCCAAUCAGGUCUUACUUCACAAACACAUUGACCUGUUCCUCACACCAGGAUUGUUGGAAGCACAGACAAUGUGUCACAUCUACAUGGACAAUGUACAGCUAUGCAGUGAAGUCAAUGAGCAGGUGGCACAGCAUUUUGUGCAUUGUAUAGCCACCCAUGGAAGACAUGUACAGUACUUGAAGUUCCUACAAACCAUCGUUAAGGCUGAUGGGCAAUACAUCAGGAAAACACAGGAUAUGGUCAUGGCUGAGCUUGUGAAUGCAGGAGAAGAUGUCCUCCUAUUCUACACCGAUAAGUCGUCCUUCCAGUCGUUUAUUGAGAUGAUGCGGACUGAGAGAGAGAGGAUCGAUGCUUCCAGUCCCUCUCAAUAUCAUAUUAAUCUUGUCCAUCUACUUGCAUGCUGUACUGAAGGCAAGAACGUCUACACAGAGAUCAAAUGUCAUUCAUUACUACCAUUGGAUGAUAUAGUUAGAGUUGCUACACAUGAGGAUUGCUUACCAGAGGUGAAGAAUGCUUACAUUAACUUCUUGAAUCACUGCUACGUUGAUACUGAGGUGGAAAUGAAGGAAAUCUACACCAGCAACCACGUCUGGAAUCUCUUUGAGAACUUCCUCAUUGAUAUGGCCAUGGUGUGUAAUGCUACACAUGAUCGGAAGCAUGCAGACCACAUGCUAGAGAAGUAUGUUACUGAGACUAUUAUGAACAUCAUAACAACCUUCUUCAGUUCUCCGUUUGCGGAACAGAGUACCACCGUCCAGACCCGUCAGCCAGUGUUUGUGAGGCUUCUUCAGGGAGCAUUCCGUGUGUCUCAGUGUGAUUGGCUGUCUGGACAGCAGAAGUACCAUGUGGAAAAUUGUAUCAAAACACUCACCGAUAUCGCCAAGAAUCGAGGCAUUGCUAUUCCAGUGGAUCUGGAUAGUCAAGUCAAUACACUCUUCUCCAAGUCACAGAUGGUAAUGAAGCACACACGGUUCUGGCUCAGUCAUAAUCCCAAUAGAAGACGAGACUCAAUGGUGGCCAUAUCCAGGGAUUAUCGGAGUAUCAUUGAAGGAUUACAGGACAUAGUGUCGUUAUUGGAGGACCAACUGAGGCCAUUAGUACAAGCUGAACUGUCUGUCCUAGUCGAUGUACUCCACAGACCAGAGCUUCUUUUCCCUCCAGGCACUGAGGCAAGACAGAAAUGUGAGAGUGGUGGCUUCAUCAGCAAGUUGAUCAAGCACACAGAGAAGCUUCUUGAGGAGAAAGAGGAGAAGCUUUGCAUUAAAGUGUUGCAGACUCUGAAGGAGAUGAUGACAGUGGAUAUAGACUACUCUGAGAAGGCCAAGGAGAUCAACCUGCAGAACAUGACAAAGAAACAAAUGGAGGAUUCUAAUAGGGGAGAGGAGCUGCGCCAAGGGUUGUUGCUGCGCUACUAUGGCAAGUCCUAUCUUCGUCUGAAGCAUGAAGUAACAUCUCAUCAAGGCUCAAGAAACCAAGCAAGCAUGACCAUCUCUGGACCAGGCUCAGUGGUGCUAAGUAGAGCAGAGAUGACUCUAUCAGAGGUUCAAUGUCAGUUGGAUAAGGAAGGAGCAUCCUCUUUGGUGAUUGAUCUUGUCAUUAAGAAUAGCAGUAACCGUGUAUUCCUGGAGAGUGUGGAACUUGGUAUUGCUCUACUAGAAGGAGGAAAUACUAACAUACAAAGAUCAAUCAUCAGUUGUCUGAUGUCGGACAAGAAUUCUGAGAAAUUUUUCAAGGUGUUCUUUGAUCGGAUGAGGGAAGCUCAAGCAGAGAUCAAGGCUACAGUGACUGUGAAUACUGGUGAAGGUAUGAGUAACAAAGCAGCAGAAGAAGGAGUGACACCAGCUAAAGAUAUCACCAAUGUCGGCCGUACAAGGAGAGUUGGACAAGUCCCGAAUGGUUCCAUCAGUGAUGAUCUUAAGGACCAACUAGCCGAUGCAGCCUUACACACCAGCAAGGCCUUUGCAGCUGUGCGUAAAGGCCGCGAUGAUGACCCAUCUGCCAUCCUACCAGGGUUUGAUGUUCUCGGUGGAGGAGAGAAGUCCAAAGAGGAGGAGAAAGCGAUGAGUCCGGAGAUUGCCAUCAUGCAACCUAUCCUCCGCUUCUUACAGUUGCUGUGUGAGAAUCACAAUAGAGAGUUACAGAGCUACCUGAGACAUCAGAACAAUAAGACAAACUACAACCUGGUGUGUGAGACACUACAGUUCCUGGACUGCAUCUGUGGUAGCACUACCGGCGGGCUCGGCUUACUUGGCUUGUACAUCCAUGAGACUAACGUACUGCUGAUUAAUCAGACGCUGGAGAGUUUGACUGAAUACUGCCAGGGACCUUGCCAUGAGAACCAGAAUUCUAUAGCCAACCAUGAAUCGAACGGAUUAGACAUCAUCACAGCAUUGAUACUCAAUGACAUUAAUCCACUUGGUAAGAACAGAAUGGACCUGGUGCUAGAACUCAAGAACAAUGCAUCCAAGUUACUACUAGCCAUAAUGGAGAGCAGACAUGACAGCGAGAAUGCAGAGAGAAUCUUACUCAACAUGAGCCCAAAGCAACUGGUUGAUGUUAUCAAGCAGGCUUAUCAACAAGAGGAUGUAGAACGAGAAGAUGAUGAUGAGCUCCUUGGUGAUGAGGAGGAUGAAGCAAUCUCUCCAAGAGAGGUCGGACAUAACAUCUAUAUCCUCGGUCAUCAGCUUGCCCAUCACAACAAGGAGCUAGCAUCCCUCUUGAAGCCGACAGGACCCAACUCUGAGUAUACUGAAAGAGCCUUAGAGUACUACUCUAAACACACUGCACAGAUAGAGAUUGUUAGACAAGAUCGUACCAUGGAGCAGAUAGUCUUCCCAGUGCCUCAGAUCUGUGAGUAUCUGACUGCAGAGACCAAGAUCAAGGUAUUCCAGACGGCAGAGAGGGACGACCAGGGCAGCAAGGUGGCUGACUUCUUUGAGAAGACAGAAGAUAUGUUCAUGGAGAUGAAAUGGCAGAAGAAACUCAGAGCUCAACCGAUCCUGUUUUUGGCCAGUAGUAAUAUGAGUAAAUGGAGCAUUGUGUGUUUUAACCUGGCUGUCUUCAUCAACAUGCUGGUUGCCUUCUUCUAUCCAUUCAAUGUGGGUACCAAAGAGCUGGACCAUGGGUUGUCCAUGCUGGUGUGGUUUCUGAUGUUAGCAUCUCUGGUUGCCAUAGUGACGUUACGGAGGCCCUCUGGAAUCAGACCUCUGGUAGUCUCCACCAUUCUCAGAAUGAUAUUCUCUGUUGGUGUGGAGCCGACGUUACUAUUUCUCGCUGUAACUAAUAUUUUAACCAAAUGCAUUUUCAUAGUCAGCUUCCUUGGUAACUGUGGUCUGUUGUAUAAAGGACUCCGGGGUAUCAUACUUAACGUUGAAGUCUUAUAUCACAUCUCGUACCUAGUCAUCUGUCUGCUGGGAGUGUUUGUUCAUGAGUUCUUCUACAGUUUAUUGUUGGUGGACGUAGUAUACCAGGAGGACACCUUACUCAAUGUGAGUCGGUCAGUAACCCGUAACUGGCGAUCCAUAGCCUUAACGGCUCUACUGGCUCUCAUCUUAGUAUAUCUCUUCUCCAUCGUGGGAUACCUCUUCCUUCAAGAUGACUUUGUGUAUGAUGUCAACCCACUCAGACCAUCAAUUAAUAGGACAGGUUCCUUGCCACUAAACACUUGUUCAGCUGAUGCUAUGACAGAAGAGUGCUUGAAAAACAACGGCACAGACCCACAAGGCAUGUACUCUUCCAUCUCCAAUGGCUUUAGUGUAGAUGAUGUAGUGACUGGUCCUGAGCAAGAGAGAGCUUGUGAUACUUUAAUCAUGUGUAUCAUUACCACUCUGAACUUUGGAGUACGGAGCGGAGGAGGUAUCGGUGAUUUCUUGAGGAGUCCUUCAGCAAAGGAACCCCUUUACAUGGCGAGGGUUGUUUACGAUCUCCUGUUCUUCUUUGUUGUGAUCAUCAUCGUUCUGAACCUCAUCUUUGGCGUCAUCAUUGAUACAUUUGCCGAUCUGAGGAGUGAGAAACAACAGAAAGAGGAAAUACUUAAAAACACUUGCUUCAUUUGUGGUCUGAACCGGUCGUCAUUCGAUAACAAAUCUGUGUCAUUCGAAGAGCAUUUUAAGGAUGAGCACAACAUGUGGCAUUACCUGUACUUUAUCGUCUUGGUGAAAGUCAAAGAUCCUACGGAGUUCACAGGGCCAGAGAGUUAUGUUUAUAAUAUGAUCAAGGAGAAGAACUUGGACUGGUUUCCGAGGAUGCGAGCGAUGUCUCUGGACUCCGAUGAGGGUGAGAGUGAACAGAAUGAGAUGCGUAUCUUGCAGACACAGUUGGAGAAUACUAACUCUCUGGUCAAAACAUUGUCCAGUCAGCUGAGAGAACUCAAAGAUCAGAUGACUGAGCAGCGCAAACAAAAACAGCGCAUCAACCUGCUCAGUUCUCCUAGUAUCCCUCAGAUGGGCGGACCCUGAUGUCGCCCCCCCCCUGGCAACCGUUACCAAGACAACAGUCUUCUCAAGAUAAGAUCCUUAAUAUUUGUACUUUUUCAAUAGUGUUAAGACUGGUGCUGCAUCUUAUAUAUUUUUCCUACAGCCAAACCGUCCAAGAAGCAAACACAAAACUUGUGAAUCAGUCUUUAUAAAGCCAUACUGCUACCAUAACUUUCAAACAAAUAUUUUUUACAAAGUCUUUUUUGAACAUAAUAUUUUAAUGAGAGUUUGAAAAGUUUGUGAGAAUCAUGUCUUCAGAGUAGCAUCAACUUGAAUUAUGAAAGCUAAAUUAUUAAUAUAUUGUAGAGUCUUAUUUUAUGACAUUUCUAUAAAUCACUCCUUGGUAAUUUUAAUAUAGACCAUAUUUUCUAGAAUUAUUUACGGUCCCUGUUGAACUUACAUUUUAGAGUAGGGCAUCCAGUUCUAUUCUUAUAAAUUAUUACAAGGUAAAAGUUCAUGUACUGGCUGGUAGAAUUAUUGUAUUUAUCAACUACAAGAUGUAAACAAGGUUUGGUAUACCACAUUAAUGACGUUUUUGUACAAAUUUGUUUCACAUCAUAUGGGGGUCAAAUUUUUAAGACUCUGACCCGUAUCUGACAUCUGUAAGAACAUUUUGGAGGGUGCAGAACUGUUAAAGCAACUUUUUAUGUCAUGAAUGGUUUAACUUUCGAAAUCUCUAAAGACUCCAUUGGAUUCAUGAGGCAUUAAAAUAAAAUUAAGGAUCGUGGCCCAAUUUCAUGGCCCUACUUUCCGUAAGCAAGGAAUCUGCGCCUUUGUAAGCAGGGAAUUCUGCGCUUAUGUCAAGCGUAUUUCAUGAGUUAACAGGGAUAUUUGCUUGACGCAUGCGUACUCCAUGUUGCUAGGCAUUCUGCGCUAACAACACAUCUAGUGCAGAAAUUUGGUGCUUGCCCUGUAUGCAAAGAAAGGCGAUCCUAAGCACAUAUAUCGGCAGUAAGCAGCGUCAUGAAACUGGGCUGCUUUGAUGAUGAACUGUCUUGUCUCCCCCCCCCCCACCCCACUUAACCUUGUUUGUUUCUCUAAUUCAAAAAAGUGAUUGCUCAUUACUUGGUUCAGCUCCCAAUUAAAUCUGGUCCUUUUGUCUUGGGAAGGAAGGUGUUAAAUGUUACAGUGGUUUUAUCCAUGUGGCCUUUAAGUGCAACGAAGGGUUUAACUUACUAUGCCCCUUGAUAAUGCCAUGGAUUGAUUGAAGAGGGGGGUGGGGGGGAAUGUGUUCAUGGUGGGAAUUCAUCCAUAGUGAUAAACCUAUCAAGGAAUACCAAUGGUUCACAACCUCAUCCCCAGGGUGUUGCCAACUGAUGUGUCAAUGUGUCAAAUCAAAUUUGCAAAAGCUCUCUUAAGACUUCUAAACCACUAGGAUGGUGUGGUGUUAAGACAAUCAGAAGUAUGAUCAUACGUCAGCUCUGGACUGAUCUGGCACAAUUUUAGGUCUCGAUGGACCUUGUUCCAAGGAUUUUUAGUUCAAAGAAAAGUGACGUUACUUUCCGCCCUCCAAGAUGUGAGUUGAAGUUAAUUAUUAGGCAUGGGUUAGAUUGUAUAAUGGGAGGUUUGAAUUGAGUUUAAUCCUUGACAAUCUACGUCAAUAGAGGGUGACAUUAAAUAUUCUUACUGUAGAUGUACUGUGUGCACCAUAAUAAAUAAACUCAUAUAGCAACAAUGCUGAAUAUAAUAGAAGAAAAAAAUUAAAAAUACUUUGGAAAAAAAAAAAAAACUGUUUUCAGACAGUUCAACUUCAAAUGUUUUUUUUAAUUGUUGGCAGGUCAGCCAUUUGUAUUUUUUUUUUACUACCCCAGAAAAACCCCAGACCCCAGAAAUUCCCCAAAAAGACUUGCUGCCUGUUUUCAUGAAACACUCCUUCACUUUCGAAGCCAAAUACGUCCAAACUAUAAAGCCUACUUAUGUAUCAAGUUUCCUCAAAUGUUGAAACACAG